UUUCAGGUGUUUUUCUCAAAUUCUAAAUGAGAUGACAGUAAGUUAUCAAUUGGAUGUUUCAUCGGGGAACCCCUUACUUUUUCUAAGACUAUUGGGCAGAUGGAGAGGGUCAAUAUGGAAGUCAGUUGUCGGUGAUCUUUUUGUGUGGCUCUUGUUCUACUACGCGAUAUAUUUCGCAUAUCGAUAUGCAUUUUCGAAACAGUUACAGACAGUCUUCGAAGAGAUCUCAAUACAUACGGAUGAUCGUAUGAAAUACCUACCGCUAACAUUUAUGCUUGGAUUCUUUGUCACUACGGUGUUUGAGAGAUGGAGAAGCGCUCUGAAUGUGAUGCCGUUCAUCGAGUCCGUAGCCUUGUCCGUUGCAGUUUUGCUACCUGGAAAGGGAAGAGAAGAUCGAUUGACUAGACGAGCCAUCAUUCGAUAUGUAGUGCUGCAUCAGAUUCUAGUUUUCCGAGACAUAUCGAUGAGAGUCCGUCGUCGAUUCCCCACUCUGAAAUACGUCGUGGACGCGGGUUUCAUGAGACAGGAAGAGCUCGAUGUGUUGGAGUCAGUGAAUCAGGAAUCAUCGCAAACCUACUGGGUGCCUAUCAAUUGGGCCAACUCGUUGGCGUUAGUGGCUCAUCAGCAAAAGCUCAUCGAUCAGCCGACAGCGUUUAAUAACGUCAUUUUUGCCAUCAAAGAGUUCCGAGUGGCUAUGGAGACUCUCAUCAAAUUCGACGCGAUCCCAAUUCCAAUCGCAUAUCCGCAGGUAGUAUUCCUUGCUGUCCGUGUAUACUUUGCAAUUUGUCUUGUCAGUCGCCAAUUCCUCAUAUCCGACAUGAAAUCGAAAACUCAAAUGGAUUGGCCUGUACCAAUUAUGACGGUUUUGGAGUUUAUUUUUGUGAUUGGCUGGAUGAAGGUGGCAGAGGUUCUACUAAACCCGCUUGGAGAGGAUGAUGAUGAUUUUGAAGUUAACUCGAUCAUAGAUAACAAUAUUUCGAGAGGCAUGGCGAUCGUUGACACUACACAUGGAUACCAUCCAGACCUUGUAGAUGAUGUGUUCUCGGAUCCAAACUAUCUCCCUGCCUACUCCGAAAACAGUCAAAUUCCUCGAAACCUUACUGGAUCGGCUGCCAAGGUGGAGCUAGCAGCGCCGACGGAUGAAGUCAAGAUUGUUAGGGUUAAUCCGGAAGAUGCUCCGCCAACUAGUGAACGCGGAAGUAUGUUCACAAGAAGAAACGCGUACUCCUUACGAAACCGGAAAAUUUCAAUCGCAUCAAAUAAUCUUGAAAGUCCAAGCCAGGAGAGGAAGUUUAACUUAUCAAUGCCAGCUGGGAUGCUCAAUAAAUCCACCCAGCCAGACAGACCAACUAUGGAAACUGUGAGCGAGGAGCAUGAGCCAUCGCAUUUUUAUCGAGGCGACAGGGUGCACUCAUCGGAUUCGGGUCUAAGCAAAACACAACAAUCGUCCGAGGAGAGUGUGGACAAAAAAGGUUGAAAUUGUUAAUUUUGUUAUUUCAUAAAACUGUUGAGGUUAUAAUAAAUGUUUUAAUACAAAAAUUAA